AUGCGACGUGUGCUUCUCCUUUUCAACAUACUUCUAAUAUUUACUGUUUACGGCGGCCAAGCAGAAACAUUUGGUCAUCUUAAAUUUAUAUUCCGGCCACUCAUCUUGAAAGGAGCUAACAACUCUAUUCCUUUCACGGCUACAUUUGCCGGGCAAGAGAAAGGCGUUACUGUGAUUGCGAGGAAGUUCGACCACGAAAGAUUUGUCGGCACUUUGUUCAGAAAGUUAGAAGGAAACUAUGUGCUUUUGGAGUUACCCGACAGAUUCGAUCAACGUGAGUGGACCUAAUAUUUUUUGGAAAAAAGCGAGAGUUCAGGAUAUGCGGUUGUUAGCUUCGAAAAAUCACCUCAAGCUUUGAAAAUUGAAACCUCAGACUACAAACUGAAGAUGUCCUCACAAAUAAAAACCGUGGCAGUUGGUGAUUAAAUUUUCCCAGUACUUUGGUUGUCGACUCCCAGAAUUCAGACGAAGUGAUGCUUCAAGAGAACGGUUGUUUUUGCAAAAAGAAAAACUGUGCAUGUUGCGCGGGAGUAGACCUACCUGGCUUCAAGCAUUCUUGUGAGGUUGAAAAAUGGUUUCUUGUUAUUCAACUUUUACAGUUUGUGUGAAUGCCACCUACAACCCCGUAACUAUUGGACUUGACCUAUCUAUCGGUGUCGAUGGGCACUACUUCUCUCAAGAAAUUUCAAGUUAUUUUUAAUUUAAUUUUUUGACAAAUUCAUCAUUUUCAGUCAGAAACCCUCCACCGAUCUGCUUCACCGUACCGAUACCUGGAGCAAGUGACAUUGCCGGCUUAUGUAUCGGACUAAGUGAGGUGAGGAUUCAAAUUUUGAACCAAAUAUUUUAUCGAUUAACAGCUGGAUUUGGACAAGAAGGAAGGGAUCCUGUCUGGAUGUAUCGAAUUCGAGAUCGAACUGAUUCAUUUGCGAGUUGUUCGAGUCAAGCUUGGCUGCUUCCGUAUGCCCAUCUAA